CUUGUUCUGAGUUUAUAAGUGGGAACAAGAUGAUUUCCGUUGAGAACCAGGCACUUGUGUCAGAGAAUGCAAUACCAAAAGAUGCAUCAGAUGGAUUUGUUGUGCCAGAAUCCAAUGCCUUUGGCCAAUCAUUCAGGGAUUAUGAAUCAACUGUGAGGCUAAGCAUUGUGGAGAAUACCUAUCGGUUGAAUCAUAUUAACCAAACAUAUGAUUUUGUAAAGAGGACAAGGGAAGAGUAUGCAAAAUUGAACAAAGCAGAGAUGUCCAUAUGGGAAGCCAUUGAACUCCUUGACAGUUUUGUGGAUGAAAGUGACCCUGACCUGGAGGAACCUCAGAUUCAGCAUUUGCUGCAGUCGGCAGAAGCCAUAAGAAAAGAUUAUCCUAAUGAAGAUUGGAUGCACUUGACUGCCCUUAUUCAUGAUGUUGGAAAGGUUCUUUACCAUUCUAAAUUUGGAUCGCUUCCCCAGUGGGCUGUUGUAGGAGAUACGCAUCCUGUUGGUUGUGCCUUUGACGAAUCGAUUGUUUAUCACAAGUAUUUCAAGGAAAAUCCAGAUUACAACAAUCCUACCUACAACACUGAACUUGGAGUCUACUCUGAAGGAUGUGGACUGGAAAAUGUGCUGAUGUCAUGGGGGCAUGACGAUUACAUGUACAUGGUGGCCAAGGCAAAUGGAACUACUCUACCAUCAGCUGCAUUAUUUACCAUCCGAUAUCACUCAUUUUACCCAAUGCAUACAGAAGGAGCAUAUAAAUACCUAAUGAAUGAGGAGGACAGAGAGAAUCUGAAGUGGGUUCUAACAUUCAACAAAUAUGAUCUCUACAGUAAGAGCAACGUUCAUAUUGACGUUGAAAAAGUUAAACCGUACUAUGAAUCCCUUAUAAAAAAGUACUUCCCAGAAAAGCUCAAAUGGUAAUCCUUGAGGUUGGAAGGCAUACUGCACUAAGGGAAAGGAUCCGGCUUUAGGCUACCUGCUAUACUUUUAGUUGUACUUGCUUUCAAUUGGCAAUGUUAAUUUUAUUUAUAUAUGUACUACAAAUUUCUGUAAUCAGUACUAAGAAAUUUGUAAAAUAUUAAUAAUGCAGUCUCACAUCGGCAAGAAAUAAGUUUUAAUCCUUCCUUUCA